UCCUGUUUAUUCUUUUUAUACAUUUCCUUAUCUACUUGUCUCUAUUUUGUCUGCGUGAUGUCGAAUGAAUAAUACUCUCGUAUUAAAGCCAAUGACUUUAAAAUAGAGCGCACCAAAAUAGGCGCACAUAGUUCUCGCCAAAGCCAAGAAGUCAGUACCCUUCGAGACAUAGACUAGCAAUGUGCCAGUUGAUGUGUGUUCUUCAAUUUCAACAAAUCAAAUUAAUAUCCAUUCUCAGUUGUUCUAUUAAGCAUUUAUGUAAUAAAGUACACACUUAAAUUAAAAAUGUCAAAAACUGAGUCGGACCUGGAAAUCGGCGGAUUCUUCCGCUCGAAUUUACUAGCAUUGCGAAAAGCAAUUCGUCAGCAGGACUUCAAGAAAUUCGCCGCUCUUGAAUCUAAUGCCGCGAUGGUGGCUUUCAUUCUAAGUUAUCCCGAAGCUUAUCAGCUAUCGGUGAAUGUAGAAAAACCUAUGAUUAAAGAUCGCGAUGGUGCUAUUCGAUUAAAAGAAGUCGGAAACAAAGCUUUUGGUCGCAACGAAUUCACAAAAGCUCUAGAGACGUAUUCAAGUGCGGUCCUUUUAGCACCGUCGACAGAAUUAAGUGUAAUCUUAGCAAAUCGUUCGGCCACGCUAUAUCAUCUGGAGCGUCACGAAUGUGCGUUGAAGGACAUCAAGGAGGCUUCGCGACUUGGUUACCCAAAAGAUUUAUUUUACAAACUUGAGGAACGGCGAGCAAGAUGUUUAUUAGGUAUGAAAAGACAUGACGAGGCGGUGGAAGCGUUUAGAAGUGCUCUUCAGGCUUUAGACAACGCUAGGAUAUCGUUGGAACGCAAGCAGAAGAUUGAAGCGGACAUCAGGAUGAUGCUUGCCGUGAUGGAGAAAGGCAAACAGCUAAACAAAGCUACGCUGGAAAAUUCUCCGCGUAGAAAUUGCAAACAAAAGUUUAAAUCCGAGGACAAUCGCGAUAAAUUUAUUCCUGAAAAAAAGAGGAAUCCUUUGUAUCCUGCCUGCAGCAAGGCGGUAGAGAUCAAAGAUGAUGGAGGAACCAUAGGUAGACACGCUGUUGCGACCAGAAAAAUUACACCUGGAGAAAUUUUGAUCAUAGAACGGCCACACUGCGCGUUUCUCUUGGCAGAGUACAGACUCACGCAUUGCAACUUGUGCUUUGCAAGAAUAUUUGUUCCGAUACCAUCAGCUUGCAGCUGUAGUUGCAUCGCGUACUGCAGUUGUCGUUGCAGAGAUGCAAACGCCGAGGUACAUCAGCGUGAGUGCAAGCUGCUGCAAGCACUGUGGCAUUCAGGAGCUUCGGUGACGUGCUUCUUAGCCUUAAGAGCGAUCACGCAGAAAUCUUUCGAGGAAGUCAUGAAGCUAAAGGAACGGCUCAAGAAUCCCGGAAAUGUAUCAAAGAUCUCUGCGGAAAAUCCGUAUCGAGGAGACGAUUACAUGGCUUUUAACAAUUUAGUUACUCACGAAGACAAGAGAUUGGCCGAAGAUAUUUUUCAUAGAGCUUACAUGGCGGCUUGGUUAUUAAGACUGUUAAAAAUCGGACACUACAUACCGGAUAAUGUGAAAACUAUCGAUUCAGUAGAGAGCAAAUUGUCCAAUGAGGAAUUAUUCAUUGCUGAGUUGCUGUUACAUAAUUUGCAGUUACUACAAUUUAAUUCACAUGAAAUCUCAGAAUUAAUAAGACCAAGAGGAGAAACAACACUCGCCAAAGCUAAAAGUGUGUUUAUAGGCGGUGGAGUUUAUCCUACGGUAGCGAUGCUGAAUCACUCGUGCAAUCCUAGUGUAGUAAGAUAUUUUAUCGGCACCACUAUGGUCGUUCGAGCUGUUCGCACGAUUAGCGCGGGUGAAGAUAUCUCCGAAAAUUACGGUCCUAUUUUCACAAUUACACCUGAGAAUGAACGAAAACGUAAAUUGAGGGUGCAAUAUUGGUUUGAUUGCAAUUGCGAAGCGUGUUCAGGACAUUGGCCGCUUCUUGAAGAGUUAGAUCCAACAAUACUCAGAUUUAAAUGUGAAACAGGACCGUCCUGCGGCAACGUGUUAUUGGUCAGAAGUGAUACGAACGAGUUCAUGAUCGGAUGUGCAAAAUGUGGCAAAAGUACAAAUAUUCUAAAAGGUUUGAAAGCUUUGCAGGACACGGACGCGCUCUUCAAAGUUGCGUCUACAAAUCUUGAGGAGGGCCAAAAUGAACAGGCUCUGAAAGCUUACCUAAAGAUCUUAGAGAUACUUGACGAGACGUUAGCAUUACCUAUCAGAGAUUACCACGUUUGUCAGCAAGGCGUUAGACUAUGUGCCCUAGCUUUAGGUAAUACAGCUUACAUUAAUUAAUUAAGAAGAGAUUGGAGUGACACAAAUUCUACAAAAUUGAGUAAGACUAACUUGAGCAACAGUCCGUAACUUAGUGAAUCUGAAGCGAAGAACUAAAGAUGAAUAUCUACACAAUUAUCUUGCAAUAUGUUGAGAAAAAUUAUUUCAAAAGUAUUCUGUCAUUACAAGAUCCAUUUUAUUUGCCUUAAGUUCUAAACAGAAUACAAAAUACAUCAAGCAAAAGUAGCCAUAAACGGACGACAUUGUAUUAUGCUAACACCACUUUUAUUACCUUUUCGUGUCUUCAAUCCGAUAUUAGCUCACAUGUAUUUCUCCAUUCCUUAGGCAUAAUAAGUCAUCCAGAAUAAUAAUCUAACACUUAUUACUUACAGAUAAAAAGCA